AUGGUCGACUCAGCCGACGAGCCUCCGCUGUCAAGAAGUAGACACUCAUGGGCUAAGACCAACCCACGACCCCCGCUGGCGUCCCUUGAUCCUCCCCGAACGCUCCGCGAAGACUCGUUGCAAUCCUCCUAUCCUCGACCUGAACCCGCCAAUACUCCCCUACACCAUGUUGGCCACGACUCCUCUACAGCUGGUCCCGCACACCCAGACCACCCUGCCGACGGGGCGGGUAAAGAGCAACAAGAUCUGUCGUCUGUGGACAAGAAAGGACAUGGAGCGCAAUCUUCCUCCAUAGGGACUACUGACACCAAGGACAAGGCGCCCUUGGUCAAUCGAUUCUUCCGCGAUGCCAAACGCAUCCUCUUCUCCAGUUGGGUCAACUGGCUCCUCGUCUUCGUCCCUGUUGGCAUCAUCCUCGGGAUUCUUGUCGACUGGGUUCAUAUCGACGUGGUCAGCCCCAGUGCCGUCUUUGCCAUUAAUGCGGUCGCCAUCAUUCCUCUGGCCUCGCUCUUGUCGUAUGCAACUGAGAGUGUGGCUCUCAGACUAGGCGACACCGUUGGAGCUUUGUUGAAUGUGACCUUUGGCAAUGCGGUCGAGUUGAUCAUAUUCAUUAUCGCUCUGGCCUCAAAACAAAUCCGCGUCGUCCAAGCCGCCGCCCUUGGUUCAAUAUUGUCCAAUCUUUUAUUGAUCUUGGGCAUGUGCUUUGUGGCCGGCGGCCUUCGAUUUCGAGAGCAGCUGUACAACUCGACCGUGUCUCAGAUGAGUGCAUGCCUUCUAUGCUUGAGCGUCAUCAGUCUCCUUCUACCGACGGCUUUUCAUGCCUCCUUCUCCGAUACCGAGAAAGCAGAUCGUGUGGUAUUGAAAGUGUCACGAGGAACCAGCGUGGUUCUCUUAUUGGUCUACAUUCUGUACCUCCUCUUCUCCCUCAAAUCGCAUGCGUUCAUGUAUCAAAGUACGCCACAACAUUUGAUUGACGAAGAAUCUCACCCUGGAGUCCUCGCCGAAAUCCUCAACUCUUCCAGCUCUUCCAGUGAGAACUCUAACUCAAGUGACUCCGAUACUGAUUCCAGCUCUGGCUCUCAUACUACCGCCAAACGUCUUCGACGUGCUUUACGACGGAGGAGGCGUAAGUCAACAUCAAGUACGAAAGACAGUGUCUCGCUCCCGGUUUUCACGAGAAGUUCUUCGGUACUUACGGGUCACGGUGGCUCAAUUCUCCAGGCCACGUCGCCUACGUCCCAGGAACUCGAGCCCGUCUUUAGUGGCGACGAGGCUGACAUCGAUGGUGAAGGCCGGAGUGGACGUCACCGUUCAAGAACCGCGGCGGUCCAAUCACGCGAUUUUGAAGAUGAAGCGCAGCCAGAUCACUCAUCAGAGAAAUCCAAGAAGCGGCAAAAGAGAUCUAAAAAGUCCCGACGUUCGAAGAAGGACAAAGAGAAGAGAUCCGAACAGGAGAAACUCCCGGUAGCAGAGACCAAAUCUAGAGACGAUGUCUUCCCAGCACCGAGCACCGAAGUUGCCCGCGUGGAAUUUGCAUCGGAGGUCCAGGACGUACCAAACGAUGGUGCCUCCAAGCGACCUUUCAACAUUCGCAAUAUAUCCGAGGCAGUCAAGCCCGCCUUCAAUUCGACUGUUUUCCCGCAUCAUCAAGCCACCGGAAGACCGCUGGCAAUGCCCAUUCGUCCCGUCUCUCAGCCACGCUUGAGGUCUCAAGGCGUACGCCGAACCUCCUCCAUGCCGGACAUGCUUCAUGCCACAGUCUCACAGUCACGACACUCACCGAUUCUUACAGCAACCGUACAACCUGAUGCUCCUCAUUCGGAAGCGGACACAGAAGUCGGGACCGAAGCAGUCGUCGAGAUCAAGCAGCACUUGUCUCGCACUUCGGCCGUCGUCCUCCUUCUGGUAACCACAACCCUUGUUGCACUCUGUGCCGAAUUUCUGGUAGGCAGCAUCGACUACCUCAUCGCCAACAGUGGCGUGAGUCAAGCUUUUAUUGCUCUAAUCAUUCUUCCCAUCGUCGGUAACGCGGCCGAGCAUGUCACUGCGGUGACCGUGGCUGCCAAAAACAAAAUGGACCUCGCCAUCAACAUUGCCUUGGGUAGCAGCAUUCAAAUCGCACUGUUUGUUACCCCUUUGAUGGUCAUUCUCGGAUGGAUUCUGAAGACCGACAUGAGCUUGUAUUUCAGUCUGUUUGAGACAGUCAGUCUAUUCGCCAGCGCAUUUAUCGUCAGCUUCUUGAUGAUUGAUGGCCGCAGCAAUUACCUAGAGGGGGCUCUCUUGAUUGCUGCCUAUGUGAUCAUCGCGGUCGCCGCUUUCUUCUACCCCUCGUGUGACCUCAGUUCAGCCAGCGGGCCAAUGGACGGGACAAGUAAAUGCUAA